AUGAAAUUUAUAAAUAUUUUAUCGGUUGCUUCUAUUUUCGCAGCAAAUGUUCUCACUUCCCCAGUAAAAAAUAACCAUAAAGGCAACAAAGUAAAUAUUGGGAAUGUCACUUAUGGAGGCUUAUUUUACGACAUUAAUGGUGAUAUAAUUCAAGCUCACUCUGGAGGUAUUUAUCAUGAUGACCAUUCAGGGAUCUUUUACUUAUAUGGUAACGAUUUCACUCAUGCGAAUACGAGUGAUCCAUUUGAGGCAGUAAAUUUAUAUAAAUCAAAAGAUUUAGUUAAUUGGAAAUUUGUUAAUGCAUUGGUUACACCUGAUAGUUAUGGUUGGAAUGAUUCUAAUGGGGGUGUUGAAACAGGAUGUUCGGAAUUUGUAGUUUUAGAACGACCAAAAAUUUAUUUCAACAAACAUACUAACAAAUACAUCAUGUAUUCACACGUCACUGAUAGUGCGUACAAUAAUAGCAUGGUUGGUGUUGCUACUUCUGACAGCCUUGAAAAUGAUGUUUGCUAA